GUUCUUCAGUGAAUUUUGUAGAACAAGAAGUGAAAUUAUGGGACCCAUAAAGUUCUUUUUGGUGAUUUUUAUUCUUAGUUUGAGUAAAAAGUUUCUUGUAAGAGCUGAAGAUGGAUUUUUGGAUAUUCUCCAGCCCAGAGGGGAUCUCAAUGGGUCAAUAUUUGAUUUAGAAAUUACAAUUUCAAGUGAAAUUUUAAAUUCUGGCCAUGGGAAUAAUGCUAAAGGGGCAUAUCGUUUAAAAAUUAUUUCUUAUGAUAAGGAUAAAAUACACAUUUCAAUUGAAAUGAAAGAACUAAAAGUACAAAAUGGUGAAAUUGUUGAACCCCCAUUGGAUUAUCUCGUGAAUAUUCCCAAAAAUAAUCCCAUAGACUUUAUACUAACAUCAUCAGGGAAAAUUAUUCUUCGGAAAAACGAAGCAACAAUGAAUUGGAAUUUCUACAAAACCAUCUCAAAUUUCCUCCUCUUUGAUGCCACGAGUUUCAAUAAGGUGAAAAAGGACGAAAGAGGUGCCUUCACUGUUAGCAUGCCAACCAUUUACGGAACUUGUGAUAUAGAAAGUUUAACACAACAAACAGGAUGGUCAACAUAUGUUGUGGAACAAUUUUUUGAUCCAACAACAUGCACAAAUUUCAACGAUUUCUCCUUCACUGAUGUUGAAAAAAAUCACAAAAAUUACAAUUUAAGGAUCAACAACUACAGGAUGUACAAUCUAGUCCAGAAGAAGGAUAUUAUAACCCUUGAUUCCCUAAAGACAAGCCAAAAGAUCUUUUGGAAACCAACAGAGGGACAAAGCCUCACGCAUUAUCUUCAAAUGACCUACAAUUUCACUUUCAUUGAAGAGACCGCAUUAUCUCUUGACGAUGCUAAUUUUGACUUUAGCAAUGAUAAGAAUUUGGAGCUUUUAACCACAAAUGGGGAACAGUUUCAAAAUGAUUCGAGCUUUCUCACUUUGGAAUCAAUGGAAAAUUUCAACAAUGACCAACUAAUUAGUUCUGUGAAAAAUGAAUUAAAGAAAAUUGCACACUUCUGGGGAGAACAUUUAAUUAACGCCAAUCAUUUCACCGAACCACUUCCACAAGAAAUUGUUAAAACAAUUUCUAUUUUGGAAUUAUUUGAAUACGAUCAAAUUGUCGAACUUUGGAAAUCCCUCAAAGGUGAUACAACAGAUGAUGGCUACAGCACACUCAAUAUAUUCUACAAUUUGAUCCCUCUUACGGGCUCAGAAGCUUCGGUGCUUUUUAUUGUGAAGAAAUUAACAUUUGACGGUGGUAUUAGUAGCAUAGACAUGGCACUAAAGAUGUUGACAAAGCUUGCAGGGAGUAUUAGAAAUCCAAGCUUUAAAGUUCUCGAAGCUCUUAAGGAAGUUGCAGAAUCAAAAUCAAGUGCAGCUGUUCUGGCCUAUACAGCUGCAGUGGGAACAGCCUAUGAACGGAAUGCAUCACCUGAGUUACUAAAAUACAUACAACAAGUUGAGAAUGAGAUGUUUUCAGUGAUUUUUGAUUCAUUGCACAAUCAAAAGCAACUAAGACUCUACAUUCAAGCCUUGGGAAACUUGGGAAGUGUUUCCUUGAGAGACAGUCGAAUAGUUAAACUAUUGAGCACACCUAAUGAUGAUAUCCAUUUGUAUUGCAUUCAGGCUCUGGAGAGAUCAACACCAAAUAUUUUUGAUUUAAUGGUAAAAAUUCUUAGAGAAGGACAUAGGAGUUCUGGGUUGAAGGUAGUGGCCCUAAGGGUGGCCCUAAUGAACCUUCCGUCAGAGAAGGAUUUUGAAAUUUUAGCCAGAAUAAUGGAUGCUCAAGUGAACAAUGAAAUUUACAAUCUCUUUGAGUCAGCAGUGAGAACACUAAUUAAGGACAAUGUUCUACCUAAGACAACUGAAUUGUGGCUAAGACAGCGUGUACCAAUGAGAAGAUCAACGGCUUUUGUAUAUCAUAGCCCCAAAAAUCUUCCUAUGCCCGUAGCCGUGAGGGGUGCUGUCUUUUUCAAUGAUCUCACAUGGGCUCUUGAGCAAAUACAUUUAUCAAUUUAUCAAACUUUCAAUGGGAAGAACGUCAAAAUGUACUCAGUUUUCAUCAGACUAAUUGAAGCUAAUAAGAUCACAACACUAUCAAAUUUCGGGAAGAAUUUAAUGGAACAGGAGAAGCUAAACUACGAAUUCACCUUCUACAGAGGCGCCAAAGUCAUCAUGUCUGUUGCUGAUAAAUAUGAUUUUAAAUCAACACUUGCAGAUUUAUUGCAACUAUUCCAAGAUUUCACCCUUCUUCCCUUCAAAAUUGAUAUGGGUGAUAUUUUUCAACAUAUAAAUUUGGAUUAUUUCUUCCCAACUGAUGCUGGGAAAUACGCUCAUCUGUACUUUAGUGUACCCUGGAUGAUUUCUACCAAGUUUAACUCUCUCAAAAUUGCUGAAGAUUCCGUUGUGAUGAAUAUUUUGGCAAGCCUGAAUUUUACAGCACAAAGUGCUACAGGAAUGUACAUUUAUCAACCAAAACUACAAGUCUUACAAGGAACAAGGGAAGUGUCAAGUGUCAUCUUUACCGAACAAAUAGCUUUUAAAGUUUACAGAGAAUCACAAAUUCAAAAAUUCACUUUUGUCGUGGAACUAACAGAUGCUCUUACACCACUCUUUGGUAUACGAUUCCGUAAAUUUACUUAUGUUCAUUUCAAUAGAAUUGGUGAACUUGGAGAACCAAUUGCUUCCAAUCAAGAUGACAAAUUAAGUGAUUUCUUUGUGGUAUCUCCUAACUAUUUGGGUGGAUCAAUAUAUGGUGAUAAAUACGAAUGGCACACUGAUUUUGGUGCAAAGUUCCAUUCUCAAGCAUCAAUUCAUCAGGCACCAUUUGGAAAUUACGAUACCCCAAAUCUUGGAAAAGAAAUUCUCUUUACUAAAGCAUUUACGGAUUUACUCAUUGAAAGUGAAGGAGAUUUCUUCGUGUCCCUAAUAAGUUACAUUAAUUGGAAUUUUUUGGCCAAUUCAGCCUAUACGUACAACUUUAAGGCUCUCCUAGAACCCAGUGAUGUAUUUUCAGUAAAAAAGUACUCACUUCAAGUAUCUAUGAAUUACGUGUUAAUUGAAUUUAAAGACACUGAAGAUCGUGUUAAGGUUUACUACAAAAUAACUCAAGAUCCUGGCAAUGGAAUACAAUUUAUGCGAAUGAUUCCCGGCGGAAAAUCAUCAAUGUGGUGUUUGACUGAAUUAAAAGAUGAAUUGGAUGAGUCAAUUCACCAAUUUACCUAUGGGACAGAUGAUGAGGACAUUCUUGAAUGCACGAAGGAUCAAUUUCAGAUUCUCUUCAGGACAAGAUCGGAAUUUUCAAAAGAACAAAUUCACGAUCACAAUGAUAAGAGAUUAUCCUACAUUGAAUGUCUGCAUCAAUCGCCAUAUCUACAAAAUUGGGAUCCAACUAAUACCUAUACAUGUGCACAAGCAGCUCAUACUCUCCGGGAUAUGACCAUCAAUAUUAACUACAAAAAUGCACCAAAAGAAUUUACAAAGUUCUUCGAAAACUUUUGGAUUUGGUUCUUGCAAUCUUCUCAUGGAAUUCCAAGUGACAACAAUCCUAUUAAUGUUGAAGGACCUGGAGCCAUAACAAUCAAGAUUAAUUUUCCUAUGAAACUGCCACGUGUUAAUCUUGAAAUAUUCCUACCAGACAAAAUGUUUUCAUUUACAUUCCCUUCAGAUUUCCUCAUUCCCGACAACACUGCCAUUUCGGACUUUUCAACUAUCAUUGAAUUCCUUACUCCUUCACCAAUGUGUACAGUUGUUGCCGUAGACAGUCAACGUAAAUCACGUGAUCACUACCUCCCACGCUUUACUGAUUCCUGGACACCAGUUGCAAAAAUAAACCAAGUUUACGUUUCAGUGAAGAAAAUCUUUGGGGAUCAGUUAUCCCUAAAAAUUGAUUAUCAAAAUCAAACUAUAAUUGCCAAUCCGAAAAAUAAUUCAUCAACCUCAUCGGAUAAAUUUGAAGUCAUCAUUGGAGAAAAUAUUCUCAAUGAUAUGCUAACGAGUCAAUUUAAUAAGAAAAUUCAAAAAAUAUUCAUUUUGAAUACAAUUUUCUUCACUCCGGAUGCAUUUAAGUGGGAUCAAACCUUUGUAAUUGGCUACAAUGGGCAGAGUGUUAUGAUUACAGAAUCCAGCAAGGCAGAUUACAAUUCUGGACCUUGCUUUGGACUACAGGAUACUGCAAAUUAAAAGCCUAAGAUAAAAGAACAUACUUGUUGUGUAAUAAAUGAAUUAAAAAUAAAAGAAAUUUGAAAAAA